AUGACAAGUCGUUUUAUUUUUGUGUGUCUGUGCCUCUGUUUCCAGGGAACGCUGCAACUCGUACCUUUACCGGAUUUUAUCCAUCCAUGUAAAGAAUUAACCGACGAAUGCUUUACGAAAGCAACCCUGGAUGCAAUUCCUGGUGUGGUGAAGGGUAUACCAGAAGCAGGGAUACCUCCCCUAGAUCCGUUAUACUUGGAUAAGAACAUCACUAUGGAUCUACCGGGAAACGUGAAAAUGACUUUCCAUAAUGGAAAACUCGUCGGUCUUAGUACGUGCAUUCCAGACAAAGUCUCAUCCCGUCGUGAAAAGCGAACUUUUGUCUUCGACAUGCACUGCAACUUUACGAUUAGAGGACAGUACAGCAUUGUUGGAAGAAUUCUGCUGUUCAAUCUUAACACAGAUGGUGAUGCCAAAAUUAAAAUCUGGAACCAAAGGAUACGUCUCGAAGUUUUCGAAAAGGUCGUAAAAGACAAAGAUGGCGAAGGUCACUACAAGGUCAAUUCUUACAAAUACAAAGCGGAUUAUGGAACCGAUCUCAAGCUUAACCUAACGAAUCUAUUUAAGGGAAGUCCGGAAAUCAGUGCCAAUAUUCUCGAAGUUCUAAAUUCAAAUUCUCAGCUGGUUGCCCAAGAGUUUGGCGGGCCCAUUCUAGACUACGCCAUAGACUAUGCCAUGAACGUGACUCAAAGGUUCUUUAGUACUUACACAUACAACCAAAUUAGCCACGUACCUUUGACUGAAGAUUUCUUUGAAGAUAGUUAA